UCAGACGACCACCGCGAUAGGAUGGCUGCCCCCACCCCCGCACACCUCCUCCUCCACCUUCCCCACCCCCAAACCCAAACACAAGCAGGGACCCGGAAGUGAGGCUCAGAGCAGCCGAAAGUUCGUCGCCUCCAACUUCUUUUUUGUUUUGUUUUCCGCCCUCGAUGCGGCGUCCGUGCUGCGCGUGAAGACGUGAAGCGGCUCGCGUGUUUUCUCGUUGUGCGGCGGAGACACGGAAGGCAGCCAUGGGACUCCCCACGCUGGAGUUCAGCGACUCUUUUCUGGACGGCCCCGAUUUCCGCGAGCGCCUCAAGUGUCAUGAGAUCGAACUGGAGAGGACCAAUAAGUUCAUCAAGGAGCUUAUUAAGGAUGGAAAUAUGCUCAUCGGCGCGCUGAGGAAUCUUUCUGCCGCUGUCCAGAAGUUCUCUCAGUCGCUGCAGGAAUUCCAGUUUGAGUGCCUCGGUGACGCCGAGACCGAUGAUGAGGUGAACAUUGCCCAGUCCUUCAAGGAGUUCUCCAAGCUGCUCAACACCGUGGAAGAGGAGAGACGACGCUUGAUUCAGAACGCAGAUGACGUCUUGAUCACUCCCUUGGAAACGUUUCGCAAGGAGCAGAUCGGCGUUGCCAAGGACGGGAAAAAGAAAUUUGAUAAGGAGACGGAGAAAUAUUACUCCACGCUUGAGAGACACCUGAACCUGUCGUCCAAAAAGAAAGAAGCUUAUCUUCAAGAGGCCGACACGCAGAUUGAUAAGGAGAGGCAACUCUUCUACGACGCGUCCCUCGAGUAUGUCUUCAAAAUACAGGAAGUGCAAGAAAAGAAGAAGUUUGAAUUUGUGGAGCCGCUGCUGGCCUUCCUGCAGGGCUUGUUUACGUUCUACCACGAAGGAUACGAGCUGGCUCACGAGUUUGAGCCGUACAAGCAGCAGCUCCAGUUCAACCUCCAGAAUACGCGCAACAACUUUGUGAGCACCAAGCAGGAAGUGGAGAAGCUGAUGAAGCGGAUCAGGUCGGCGGACCAGGACUACAAAGCUCCGGGCCCGUGGAGCAUGGAGGGCUUCCUGUACGCGCAGGAGAAACGUCCUCUGGGCUGCACGUGGGCGAGACAUUACUGCACGUAUGAGAAAAGCAGCAAGACGUUUACUAUGAGCAAUACUGACAACAAGUCAGCCAAUAAACAGAACGGUCUGGUGCUCAACCAGCCCGAAAUGUUCAAGCUCAAGUCGUGUAUCCGGAGGAAAACGGACUCCAUCGACAAGCGCUUCUGCUUCGACAUUGAGGUGGUGGAAAGAAACGGCGUCUGCCGCGGAACUCUUUUCAGGCCGCUUCGGUUGUUCUAUAAAGUCCGGCAUGGUGUCAUGACGCUGCAGGCGCUGUCCGAGUCCAACAGACGGCUGUGGCUGGAGGCCAUGGAUGGCAAGGAGCCGAUUUACAACCUGCCCGCCAUAUUGAGCAAGAAGGAAGAGACAUUCCUUAACGAGGCCGGCUUCAACUUUGUGAGGAAGUGCAUCUUCCUGGUUGAGAGCAGAGGUAUAAAUACGAUGGGGCUGUACAGGAUUGGCGGCGUCAACUCGAAAGUGCAAAAGCUGAUGGUGACAGUGUUUUCAUCCAAAGCGCCAACGGACAUGGACCUGGAUCCCGAGACAUGGGACAACAAGACCGUCACCAGCGGCCUGAAGAAUUACCUCAGGUGUCUCUCUGAGCCGCUUAUGACCUUCAAGUUGCAUAAAGAAUUCAUCAUGGCUGUCAAAUCGGAUGACCAGAACUACCGAGUGUGCGCUGUGCACUCUUUGGUCCACAGGCUGCCGGAGAGGAACAAGGAGAUGCUGGAGCUGCUCAUCAAACAUCUCGUCAUAGUAUCCGCGCAAAGUCAGUCCAACAUGAUGACCGUGUCCAACCUGGGAGUCAUCUUCGGGCCCACCCUGAUGCGCUCCCAAGAGGAGACUGUGGCCGCCAUGAUGAACAUCAAGUUCCAGAAUAUUGUGAUGGAAAUUCUGAUUGAGAAUUGUAACAAGAUCUUCCAUCAGCCUCCGGACCCUAAUGUGCCGCUGCCGCAGCCUCAGGGUCGGCCCGGUUCCCGCAGGAGCAGAGCCAUUUGCCUGUCAAGCGGUCCCCGGAAGCCCCGCAGCCUCUACACGCCCACCCUGUGCCUGGCCGACGCAGAAAGCCCCUGCAUAGGCGACCCGUGCAGCAGCAGUCCAGGCAGCACCCCCGCGGGCAGCACCGAGUCUCUGUCCUCGCACUCCUCGGAGCACGACGGCUCGUCCAAGGCAGAGACCGCGACCUCCGUGCGACCGAACCGCGUCGCGCUCCCUGACGCCGCGUCCCUGCGCUCCAGCGGGCCCCGGAGCACCGAGUCCAGCUCCAGGGAGGAGGCCGGCCCGACCGACGUAGAGUCGGAGGAGGCGCUCCCCGGCGUCGCCCCCAAAAAGGCCCCCCACCGUCGCUACCCUGGACUCAGACCGCCUGAUCUCACGGCCGCAACCUCUCUCAAGUCACUGCAUGUGAAUGAAGGCCAAAGGAGCUGCUCGAGGUCCACCCAAAACCUGUCCACGCUGGAUCUCAUCGAUCACUUGAAGCCCGCAGAGCACCCGGCGCUUCCGCCCAAGGUCGUGAUCCGGCGGCGGGCCGCGGCAGCCGGCGACGGAUACCAAAGACCAGGCUCAGUGGUGGCUGCCAGAGCGCUGCUUUUUGAACACGGCGCCGCCCAGCAGCCCGCCACGCUCGGGAGGGACGCCCAGGCCGUCUACUCGUGCGAGGCCGAGCACAGCCACGAGCUCAGCUUCCCCAAGGGGGCGCACUUCAGCAACGUGUACCCGUCGGUCGAACCAGGAUGGCUGCAAGCGACCUACCAGGGAAAAACGGGUUUAAUCCCCGAAAACUAUGUCAUCUAUCUUUAACUGAAUUGUUCUGUUUCCUCCAUGGUAUCCAUGGAAAAGCCCUUUACUGGUGAUUGUAGCUGUGUGGUUUCUAGCUGCUUGGAUAGGGGCUAGAACAUGACAAACAUACCUCCUUUUUCUUUUUUUAUUUGGAAAAAGACUUCCUCAAAUGUGUUUUUAAUCAGACAGACAUCAUUUGUCUUUUUUCAACACGUUUUUACGACCACAAACGACACACGAGAACCACUUGACAAGUUUUAUUGCCUUGAAAUAUCUUCAACAAUCUUUGAUUAAUGUAUUUUCUUCUGCAAAAACAGAGCUCGGCAAAAAAAAAAAAAAAACUGGGACCUCACACCCCACACCGUCAACAUUUCCCGCCAUGCUCCGCCCGCCCGCAAUCGAAAACUCAAAUUCUUGUCAAUUUAGCAUCGCCCAUCUGUCUUAGUUCAAAGUUGAGAGCAAUCAGGCAAAAAGUUUGACUUUGACCCUGCCGAUGGCAAAUUGUAAAUGGCCGUCUUGCUGUGUGAAUUUUACAUCGAGUUCCUGUGGCUAUUUUGUGGGUCUGCUCUCUUUUUUUUUUGUUUUUUUUAAGCUCGAGAAGGUACUAUAUGACAAAUUACAAGACAGGACAGUAACACUACGGUUAAAUAGCCUCUAGGAAAAUAACAAAAAAACUACUUAGAUGACUCAAUUAAAACAUAUUGCGAGUUAUGUAAAAAUUGUUCCUAAAUGUUAAAAAAAAAAAAAAUCAGUUAUUAUAGAUUGACUGCAAAUGUGUUUAAAAGUUAAAUACAACUGAACUGUGCUCAGGCAGUGAUUCCUUUGAGUUCAACAAGAGGGAGCUCAUGAGUGACAUCACUGGCACAGACCGUAAAGCUUCAUUUUGUUUUGUGUGUCGCCCACCUGACAAAGACGCUGUUUCCUAAGCUGCAUGUUAUACAUUAGAAAAAAUGGCACAGUAUACCACCAAAACAAAAAUGGCACAAAAAGUACAUACACAAAAAUCUGAUCUCAUGUCAGUUUACUCACAAAUGUAUUCAUGAACUCAGUAUGAAAUCUAGGCCUGUUUAGCUGAAUACAAAGCUCUUAUUCUGUUGUAUAAAUGGAAACAGGUGGAUACACAGGUUCAUUGGAGUUUCUCCCAUCUUGUGGAAUAGCAUUUCAUUGUUCUGCUUUUGAAAAGAUGAAAAAAAAAAAGCCCACAUUAUUUGUUGUAAAUAAUUCAUAAUUUGUGGACCAAUUGAAUGAAAUUGGAUCAUAUCACGAUUGCGUUUUUCGUGUGUCCUGUUACGAGAGACACAUCCAUCUAAGGUUGUGCCCAUCAAUGAAACGAGUGUUUGGGGCUAUUUUGUUCCUUUUUUUUCCCCAAGGGGCACUACUGAGUGACUUUUAAGGGGCUUUUGUCGGCAACCCUCAAUAGUCACGCCUUUUUGUAACACCUAAAGCGAUCAUCACACUGGCUGUGCACUUCCUGCUGUCCUACCAUAUAUUAUUCAUAGAAAUAAUCAAAGUCACUUAUCCUGUAAAGCAGGGGGUCUCAAACCUUUUGGGUAGAGGGACACCUUGUAGGGGAGAAAUUUUUCCUCUGCCCCCCAAGACCCGGGUUUAAGAAUCCCUGUUGUAAACUGAUUUAUUCUACAAGCCCAAUAGCAAUGAAGUUGGGACAUUGUGUUAAACAUAAAUAAAAACACAAUACAAUGAUUUGCAAAUCACGUUCAACCUAUAUUUAAUUUCAAUACACUACACAGACAAGAUAUUGAAUUUUCAAACUGAUCAACUUGAUUGUUUUUAGCAAAUAAUCAGGAACUGCAACACGUUCCAAGAAAGCUGGGACAGACAGGCUCAUGUUUACCACUGUGUUACAUCACCUUUUCUUUCAACAACAUUCAAUAAACGUUUGGGAACUGAGGACACUCAUUGUUGAAGCUUUGUCGGUGGAAUUCUUUCCCACUCUUGCUUGAUGUUACUCUUCAGCUGUUCAACAGUCCAGGGUCUCCGUUGUCCUAUUUUACGCUUCAUAAUGCGCCACACAUUUGCAAUGGGAGACAGGUCUGGACUGCAGGCAGGCCAGUCUAGUACCCGCACUCUUUUACUACGAAGCCACGCUGUUGUAACACGUGCAGAAUGUGAUUUGGCAUUGUCUUGCAGGGGCGUCCGUGACAAAGACGUUGCUUGGAUGGCAGCAUAUGUUUCUCCAAAACCUGUAUGUACCUUUCAGCAUGAAUGGUGCCUUCACAGAUGUGUAAGUUACCCAUGCCAUUGGCACUAACACAGCCCCAUACCAUCACAGAUGCUGGCUUUUGAAAUUUGCGUCCAUAACAGUCCAAAUGGUUCUUUUCCUCUUUGGCCCGGAGGACACGACAUCCACAAUUUCCAAAAACAAUUUGAAAUGUGGACGCGUCGGACCACAGAACACUUUUCCACUUUGCAUCGGUCCAUCUUAGAUGAGCUCGGGCCCAGAGAAGCCGGCGGACGUUUCUGGGUGUUGUUGAUACAUGGCUUUUGCUUUGCAUAGUAGAGUUUCAAGUUGCACUUGCGGAUGUAGCGCCGAACUGUAUUUACUGACAUUGGUUUUCUGAAGUGCUCCUGAGCCCACGUGGUGAUAUCUUUUACACAUUGAUGUCGGCUUUUGAUGCGGUGCCGCCUGAGGGAUCGAAGGUCACUGGCAUCGUUGAGGAACACGCUUGUUCACAAAGAGGUGAACCUCGCCCGAUCUUGGCUUGUGAAUGACUGACCAAUCAGGGAAGCUCCUUUUAUAACCAAUCAUGGCACCCACCUGUUCCCCAUUAGCCUGUUCACCUGUGGGAUGUUCCAAACAGGUGUUUGAUGAGCAUUCCUCAACUUUUUUUGCCACCUGUCCCAGCUUUUUGGGAACGUGUUGCAGCCAUAAAAUUCUAAGUUCAUGAUUAUUAUAGUUUAUCAGUUUGAACAUGAAAUAUCUUGUCUUUGUAGUGUAUUCAAUUAAAUAUAGGUCGAACAUGAUUUGCAAAUCAUUGUAUUCUGUUUAAUACAACAUCCCAACUUCAUUGGAAUUGGGGCUGUAGAUGCUAUACUUUCAUGACUUCACCUUCCAAUGUGUGUGCUGGUAUACCAGCAUACUUUAUGUUGUUAUUAUUACUAUUAAUGUGAUUGUUUUAGCUGUUUCAGUGGUUUGGGGGGGGGGGGGGGACAAAAACGUUCAGUUAGCACAAACUGACGAGUUACUGUACUCCUGGGAAGGAGAGGCUGAAACUGUAUUCGGAGAAUGUCAGGUGGCCUUGGUUUUGAGUGGCGUAGGAAUAAUAAUGAGAAAACUCCCUUCAAGUGGGGAGUUGCGGAAAUUCUAAACAUGUCCCGCAUUGUGUAACAUUUCUAUGUGUGUGGGGGGGUCGAUUCCUCUGCAAGCAACUACUGUCUCCACAGUGCAUUUACACCUUUAUAAAUAAACACAAUGAUUAAUGAAG